UAUCCUUCCGCCGGCUGGGGAGCGAGGCGCGUCCCUGUGGUGCGAUAUCCUUCCGCCGGCCGGGAGCGCGCGGCCUUUCCCUCGCGACAGCACGAGCGAGCGAUGCGAACGGGCGGCGGCGACGACGACUGCGAGGCGGCUUCAGCUCACCACCACCGACACCCCUAAGCACCCUCCACGACUAAAGAUACAUAGCGAGACAACACCGAGGAACCUCGGACGGGUACGAGUGGCUGCCGGCACCGAUCGGAACGAGUCAGUCAGUCAGUCGCUCUUGUUGGCAAGCGAAACUCGACGGGCGAGCGAGCGGCUGCCGGACGGACGGACGGACGGAAUGGAGCUCAUCACAAUCCUCGAGAAAACCAUCUCUCCAGAUCGGAAUGAGCUGGAGGCUGCGCAGAAGUUUCUGGAGCAGGCGGCCAUAGAGAACCUGCCGACUUUCCUGGUGGAGUUGUCCAAAGUGUUGGCCAACCCGGGAAACACGCAGGUAGCACGCGUGGCGGCGGGCCUGCAGGUGAAGAACUCUCUGACCGCCAAAGACCCGGACGUCAAAGCUCGGUACCAGCAGAGAUGGCUGGCUGUGGACGCCAACGCUCGCUGCCAGAUCAAAAACUACGUUCUGCAGACAUUGGGCACGGAGACGUAUCGGCCCAGCUCGGCGUCGCAGUGCGUGGCCGGCAUCGCCUGCGCCGAGAUUCCGGUUCACCAGUGGCCCGAACUCAUCCCGCAGCUGGUGGCCAACGUGACCGGCCCGUCCAGUACCGAGCACAUGAAGGAGUCCACCCUGGAGGCCAUCGGAUACAUCUGCCAGGACAUUGAUCCCGAGCAGCUUCAGGAAAACGGCAACGAGAUCCUGACGGCCAUCAUCCAGGGCAUGAGGAAGGAGGAGCCCAGCAACAAUGUCAAACUGGCCGCCACAAACGCGCUCCUCAACUCUCUGGAGUUCACCAAAGCCAACUUUGACAAGGAGACUGAGAGGCACGUCAUCAUGCAGGUGGUGUGCGAGGCCACACAGUGUCCAGAUACCCGAGUGCGGGUGGCGGCCCUUCAGAACCUGGUCAAGAUCAUGUCUUUGUACUAUCAGUACAUGGAGGCCUACAUGGGCCCCGCUCUGUUCGCGAUCACCAUCGAGGCGAUGAAGAGCGAGAUCGAUGAGGUGGCGCUGCAGGGCAUCGAGUUCUGGUCCAACGUGUGCGAUGAGGAGAUGGACCUCGCCAUUGAGGCGUCCGAGGCCUCGGAGCAGGGCCGCCCCCCAGAGCACACCAGUAAGUUCUACGCCAAGGGCGCGCUGCAGUACUUGGUCCCCAUCCUGACUCAGACCCUCAUCAAGCAGGACGAGAACGACGACGACGACGACUGGAACCCGUGCAAGGCGGCGGGCGUUUGCCUGAUGCUGCUGUCCACAUGCUGCGAGGACGACGUGGUGCCGCACAUCCUGCCCUUCAUCAAAGAGCACAUUAAGCACCCCGACUGGCGCUACCGCGACGCCUCCGUCAUGGCCUUCGGUUCCAUCCUGGAAGGACCCGAGCCCAGCCAGCUCAAACCGCUCGUCAUCCAGGCGAUGCCGACGCUGAUUGAGCUGAUGAAGGACCCCGGCGUGGUGGUGAGGGACACCACGGCGUGGACCGUGGGUCGGAUCUGCGAGCUGCUGCCCGAGGCGGUCAUCAAUGAAGUCUACCUGGCGCCGCUCCUGCAGUGUCUGAUCGAGGGCCUGGGGGCCGAGCCGCGGGUGGCCAACAACGUGUGCUGGGCCUUCUCGUCUCUGGCGGAGGCGGCGUACGAGGCCACGGAGGUGGGCGAUGACCAGGAGGAGCCCAGCACGUACUGCCUGUCGUCCUCCUUCGAGCUCAUCGUCCAGAAGCUGCUGGAGACGACGGACAGACCUGACGGCCAUCAGAACAACCUGCGCUCCGCCGCCUACGAGGCGCUUAUGGAGAUCGUGAAGAACAGCGCUAAGGACUGCUACCCCGCCGUGCAGAAGACCACCCUGGUCAUCAUGGAGAGGCUCCAGCAGGUCUUACAGAUGGAGUCGCACAUCCAGAGCACCUCGGACAGAAUCCAGUUCAACGACCUUCAGUCGCUGCUGUGCGCCACGCUCCAGAACGUCCUCCGGAAGGUGCAGCACCAGGACGCCCUGCAGAUCUCGGACGUGGUGAUGGCCUCGCUGCUCAGAAUGUUCCAGAGCACGGCCGGUUCCGGAGGCGUGCAGCAGGAGGCGCUCAUGGCCGUCUCCACCCUGGUGGAAGUUCUGGGAGCAGAAUUCCAGAAGUACAUGGAGGCCUUCAAGCCUUUCCUCACCAUCGGCCUGAAGAAUUACGCAGAGUAUCAGGUGUGUCAGGCCACCGUGGGUUUGGUGAGCGACCUGUGCCGAGCUCUGUCGUCCAACAUCCUGCUCUACUGCGACGAGAUCAUGCAGCUCCUCCUGGAGAACCUCGGGAACGAGAACGUCCAUCGGUCGGUGAAGCCGCAGAUUCUGUCGGUGUUCGGCGACAUCGCCAUGGCCAUCGGAGGAGAGUUCAAGAAGUACCUGGAGAUCGUGUUGGACACGCUGCAGCAGGCUUCGCAGGCCCAAGUGGACAAGACGGACUACGACAUGGUGGACUACCUAAACGGGCUGCGCGAAGGCUGUCUGGAGGCGUACACGGGCAUCAUUCAGGGUCUGAAGGGCGACCAGGAGAACGUCCACCCGGACGUGAUGCUGGUGCAGCCUCGCGUGGAGUUCAUCCUGUCCUUCAUCCAUCACAUCGCCGAGGACGACGACCACUCCGACGUGGUCGUGGCCAACGCCGUCGGACUCAUCGGCGACCUGUGUACGGCGUUCGGCAAAGACGUGAUGAAGCUGGUGGAGGCCCGCCCGCUCAUCAACGAUCUGCUGACGGAAGGACGCCGCUCCAAAACCAGCCGGACCAAAAUGCUGGCCACCUGGGCCACGAAGGAGCUACGCAAGCUCAAGAGCCAGGCCUGAUGCGCGUGUGGCGACGGGAGCGGCACGCGUGCGCGUCUGGCGUUGAGGACAAAAUGGACGACAUAGUCUGCCCGGCGACGCCUCAACUCGAUUGACGUGUGAAGACGACGACGACGAAGACGAUGAUGAAGAUGACGACGAUGAGUGUCUUGUGUAUGAGAGACGACGACGACGACAUCACCACCUUGCGGUCCGCCGGGCCGCUCUUCUUCUUGCUCCUCCCCCUGACAGCCUGUGGACAACUCUGACUCCUCCCCUGAAUAAAAGCCCCGCCUCUCGCUCCCCGGCCGGACGAUCCCGCCGGUGGGGGAGGGGCUCGAAUCACGACUUUUUGUUGCUUUGGCGUUUCUUCAGCCCGCGGCUCGCCGGAUGGCGAAAGACCACCACGCCGUCCCCGAUCGGCCCGUUACCGGCCGGGCGCAAAGUCUUUUGACAAUAAAAGCACUUGAGGGGCGAGCGCCAAAGGAAGCGGCCGCGCUCGGUUCGGCUUUUGGGUCGCUCCGCAUUUUUGCUUGAGAAUUGAAGACGUUUGUUAAAGCUUCUAUUUUUCCAUUAUGAAAAGAAAAAAAACAAUAAAAUAAGAUGAAACAUUCCCCGA